CGGAAAACGGUUGGGAGAAACGUAGCUCUGAUGUAACCGGUCGCAACUUUUAGCUAGCUCAAGUGUGGAGAGGUUCGUGUUUAUAACUGAAGGUUUAAAGGUGUGAAAAAUAAUUGAAUUUAUUAUUUUAGCACACAAAAAGUGCUUAAUAUUAACACAGUAUGCUAAGGACGGUAGUGUGUCGGGCCGGAAGUGGGCUUCUAAAGCACCCAUGCCGGUCCGUCCCGGUGUUUUGGGGGACUCGAGCUCAGCAGCGAUGGGCAUCCAGCCUUCCCAUGAACACGGUGAUUCUGUUCGUGCCGCAGCAGGAAGCAUGGGUGGUGGAGAGGAUGGGCCGCUUCCACCGAAUACUCGAGCCUGGGCUGAAUGUAUUAAUCCCGAUCCUGGACAAAAUCCGCUAUGUGCAGAGCCUUAAAGAGAUUGUGAUCGAUGUGCCAGAGCAGUCUGCUGUAACUCUCGACAACGUGACACUACAGAUUGAUGGAGUUCUGUACCUGAGGAUACUCGACCCCUUUAAGGCCAGUUACGGAGUCGAGGACCCCGAGUAUGCAGUGACCCAGCUGGCACAGACCACGAUGAGAUCGGAGUUAGGAAAACUCACUCUGGAUAAAGUUUUCAGGGAGAGAGAGUCGCUGAACGCCAACAUGGUGCACUCCAUCAACCAGGCGUCUGAUUUCUGGGGGAUUCGCUGCCUGCGCUACGAGAUCAAGGACAUUCACGUCCCACCGCGCGUCAAAGAGUCCAUGCAGAUGCAGGUGGAAGCGGAGCGGAGGAAGAGAGCGACAGUCCUGGAGUCGGAGGGAACGAGGGAGGCGGCCAUCAACGUGGCGGAGGGACGUAAACGAGCGCAGAUCCUGGCUUCUGAGGGAGAGAAAGCAGAGCAGAUCAACAAAGCUGCAGGAGAGGCGAAUGCUUUGUUGGCUAAAGCGGAGGCUAAAGCUCAGGCCAUUAGGCUUCUCUCUGAUGCGCUGACUAAGCAGAAUGGAAACGCAGCGGCGUCCCUCAGCGUUGCCGAGCAGUACGUCUCCGCUUUCUCCAACCUGGCCAAACAGACGAACACCAUCAUCCUGCCGUCCAACACGGGAGACAUCUCCAGCAUGGUCACACAGGCCAUGGCUAUUUACGGGACUUUAGCCAAGCCACAAAGCCCCGGCUCGGCGGAGGUGGAUCCCGUACACACGGACGACGAGUUCCAGUUUAACGCGGUGCCCGAGACGACGAGACCCGAGUCCUCCUCCGGUCAAUAAGAUCGACGCGUUUCCCACUUUUGGACAUGUUUAUUCCAAAAACAAAUCCUUUGCCAUUCUGUUAAAUAUGUACGUAAUUGAAAUAAAAUUACAUCAUUUUGCGAGCCGUUUAA